GCAUCCAAGAGAGACUGCAUCGAGCGAUUUGGGGUACAAACACUGCAACGUGUCAACAAGGAUGACGACGUCAUUUGUACUACAGAGUAUUCCCGAAUAGUGCCACUAGAGAAUGGAGAGAUUGUGGUUUCUUUGGUCAACAAACGUCCCGGGGCCAUGAAUUUCUCCUACUCCCCCCUCCUGAGGAACUUUACAAAAGCCACCAACAUCCGUCUAACUUUUCUGCGGACCAACACCCUGCUGGGUCACCUCAUGGGGAAAGCACAGGGGGAUCCCACUGUGACCCGGAGAUAUUACUACAGUAUCAAAGAUAUUAGCAUUGGAGGGCGUUGUGUCUGUAAUGGUCAUGCUGAAGUGUGCAAUGCUAAGGACCCCACCAACCCA